CCCCAGGCAAAUUCCAUAGUGUGUACACAGCGCAUGCAUUAGCGCCACACACACCAAGCCGCAUAAUCGUCGUACACAGCUGCCAUUUUGGAUUCAUAAUUUGUAAAGCAGACGUGGAAAUGAUCAUCGAAAACUCAGGCUAAUGUGUGUUGAAAUGGUGGAGAUCGGUAGCAUUGUGGACUGAUUAAGUUGAACUUGAUGUCCAAGCAGAACAUGAUCGAUGCAACGAUGGUGGAUACCUACUCGAUUUCGAGAAAGCCGAAUGUGAAUUUACAGGGGGCAUCACGGACUCGGUCGCUGGCGACUGGCGAACCGCUGUACCCGGCGCACAUCACGGACAACACGGCCCGGACUGUUGUUGGUAACGUAAACCAUGCCCAACAUGUGGAACUACCACCGAUCAAAAGCCACACGAUCGGUGGCUCGAAGGUGCAGAAACCCAGUGAGAACAUUCCAAAUGGCAUCCAGGUUCAACAGUUAUUUGAACCGGACGACAACCAUAACUACAAAAGACAGGUCCAAGCUUCGAAACAAGUUGCCAACGGUGUCGUGGCAAAUCAUGCCCGUCGACCGUCAAGUGACAAUAGCUCUGACUCCAAAAGCAACUCUGCGAAGCAUCGCUCAUUGCCAAUGACACCCGAAGAGGCUAUGAAAUUGUACAUGCACAAACUCACUUCCUACGAGCACCACGAGAUCUUCAACACACCACAGAUUUAUUUUGUUGGACCAAAUGCAAAGAAGCGGCAAGGAGUCAUCGGAGGAGCGAAUAACUGUGGAUAUGAUGAUGACCAAGGGUCGUAUAUCCAUGUCCAGCACGAUCAUGUUGCAUACAGAUAUGAGGUUCUCAAGAUUCUAGGCAAAGGAAGCUUCGGUCAAGUGGUCAAGGUCUAUGACCAUAAAACCAACCAGCACAUUGCCAUCAAGAUGGUACGCAACGAGAAACGAUUCCAUCGACAAGCACAGGAAGAGAUCCGCAUUUUGGAACACCUCAAGAAACAAGACAAGGACAAUAACAUGAACAUCAUUCACAUAAUUGACAGCUUCACCUUCCGCAACCAUAUAUGCAUCAAUUUCGAGUUGCUCAGCAUGAAUCUCUAUGAAUUGAUCAAGAAGAACAAAUUCCAGGGAUUCAGCCUGCAGUUGGUGCGCAAAUUUGCCCACUCGUUGCUGCAGUGUCUAGAUGCCCUUCAUCGAAAUCGCAUCAUCCACUGUGACAUGAAGCCGGAAAACAUCCUACUGAAGCAGCAGGGGCGUAGCGGCAUCAAAGUAAUCGACUUCGGAUCGAGUUGCUAUGAACAUCAGCGCAUCUACACCUACAUCCAGAGCCGCUUCUAUCGAGCUCCCGAAGUCAUUCUUGGUGCCCGGUACGGCAUGCCCAUCGACAUGUGGAGUCUCGGAUGUAUCCUGGCGGAGUUGCUCACUGGCUACCCUCUACUACCCGGAGAAGAUGAGGGAGAUCAGCUAGCCACUGUGAUUGAGCUCAUGGGAAUGCCUCCACAAAGGCUGAUUGAGCAGUCCAAACGCGCCAAGAACUUCAUCAACUCCAAGGGUCAUCCGCGCUAUUGUACCGUCACCACCCUCCCAGAUGGUACGACAGUCCUCAAUGGUGGGCGAUCGAGGAGAGGCAAGGUUCGGGGUCCACCUGGCAGUAAAGAUCUAGUCAAGGCUCUCAAGGGCUGUGAUGAUCCCCUCUUCAUUGAUUUCCUGAAGAGAUGUCUGGAUUGGGAUCCCCAAAGUCGUAUGACACCUAGUCAGGCGCUGCGUCACGCUUGGCUGCGCAGACGGCUACCCAAACCACCUACAACCGAUGCAACUUCUGCGAAGCACAAGAGGCACGGCUCGUCCACUGUUGCGAAGCUUCCACCCACUGGACAGAACAUGAGUGCGAAGAACCGCCAAGCUGCAGACCAGUCGACGCGUACAGUCCUACCGAAAAUUGUCACAUAGAAAUAGGACUAAGUCUAGGAUGAUCACAGACACCGAUGAAUUCAGCACACUGCACUAAGCAAGCAAAGUGUGAUCUUUUUGUGGCAAGACGUUUGUCAUUAACCAAAGACCAACUGUCUAUUUAAAAAGUGUGUGUUUUCGGGGAAUCUUUUGGGGAACUUUCGUCAGAUCGAGAAUAAUUUGAUGUGCCGAAUGUUCAGCAGAUUUCUUUUGUUCUGUUUUAGGAACUAGAUUCAUAUGGUGUUGAUUUUUUUUUUUCUGGAUGGAAAAUAUUGAGUGAUUUUUAACUACCGCUUUUAUUAUUGUUAUUUUUUUAAUCCUUCGUCACCGAUGCUAUGAAGGUUUUAACUGAUUUUUAAGAACUUCAGUUUUUAAUUGAAGCCAAAAUGAAAGAUUAUGCCAUUCAAAAGACGUGACUUGAAAUCAAACAGAGAAUGCCGUACAUAGAACGUACUCUGCAGUUGUAUAAAAUCGUGUACAAACUGUAUAAACUUUGUAGAUAUGAAUAUAUUUUUAUGUGCACUUUUUACCUGAUUCCUUGUUUGAAAGAGAAAUGUUAGGCAUUCUUUGUUUGGCCAAUAAGAUUUUCAUACUUUUAAGUGGUGAUGAUACAUUCCCAAAAGUGUUUUAAGCCCUAAGCUAUUUUUAAGACCAAAUGUUUUAUUGAAACAUGCUUGAAGACACCAAAAUGAUUUUUUGUUAUCAAUGAAUUUUUCUGAAAUGGAUUCACAUUAGCAAGCAUUUGAUUUAGAUCGUUCUUGAACCUGUGAACAUAUUCAUCGUGAUAGCCCUGUCUAGUUAAAGAACAGAAAAUUCCAAUUUGAUGUGUCAUUGUUUUUGUUUUCAAAUUUGCACAGUACUUCAGGGACACUAAGAGUCUUUUACAGUAAAAGAAUAUAGAGAGUUUAGACACAAGUGAUUUUGACCGCAUGGGUAUACAUGCAUGUAACUGCGCACAGCAGUUGUUAUUCACAGUUCCGAAGCAUUGUGUACCCCACUAACAACAAUCCAUUGUAUACCAUUGGAGGCUUUACUAUUGUCCAGUCCAUUCAGAGUGAACAAUACUCGCAGCUAACCAUAAGUAACUGGCUCAAGGGCUAGGCUUAUAUAUGCAUAUUGUGUCUGAUGUUUUUUGUAUGACACCUACAACCACUAUCAAUGAAUUUGGUGAAAUCAAGGUUGCACAUGGCUCUGCAAAAUCUUUGUUGUAUUUGAAAUGUACUCUGUCCACUUUUUAUGGAUAAGCCUUUUUUCCCCCCUCAAUGUCAAGUCGGGUGAAGGAUUCAGUAUUGAAUAUUACUGGGGUCACAUAGUUCAAGGGCUUUUUUUCUACUUAAAGACAUCACCAAAAUGCAAUGACUUAUCCUGAGGGAUUUUGUGAUUAACUGUUUUGAAUAUGUACUAAAUGGACAAGUAAAUGAACGCUCUAAAGCUAUUUAAUCCAUGAUUAUGGAUAUUGGAUGGAAAAAGGGCUUAGUAUGAGUACAGGUCUAUUAUGUUCAGGGCUUUUUGGUUUUGAAUUUGUCUUGUUUUGUGAGAAUUUGUGAAUGUGUUCCAUUUCCGAAUAUCAUUUGCACCAGGUUGAAAUUCAUGUAAUAAGGACCAUUUUGAAGGGGGAAAAAAAGCAAGAAAAUAUGAUGCAGGUUUAGAAAUAUUUUAAAUGCCGUGUUGUGUGUCAAACAUUAAACCUGCACCCAAACAGUUGACAUUGUACUGAAUUUUCACUCUUUCUCAAGAUUAUUUUUUAACUUUUUUAUGGAAAUAACGCACACAAAUUCAGUCUCAGAAAAAGGAACAGAUAAGCUAAUUCAUGUUCUCUGCGUAGCCUUUCAGGAGAUCAGCUUAUUCCUGUGAAAUCAAAAUUCCAUCACUGCUAACUUGAUAUGCACACGGUUACCCUAGCAACGGGCACUCGUUACCGUGACAAUACUCCCCCUGGGACUUUUUGUUUCAGAUUGCGAGAGCAAACAUGGUGGCGCAUACAGAAAAUUCAAGGUCAUGUUCAUUGCACGUUGAUUGUAAAAUGAAAUUCUAUGUGGUGAUUACUAUAAAAACGGCAGAUACCUAAGAAUACUAAUAAAAUUAAGUACUGUAUUUCAUGAAUUUGGCUGCAAUCGUGAGUUAUCAUGGCAAAAUGUUGUAUAAAUCACAUCAUGACAGUUUGGUUUACACCUUUUUCCCCCCAUGGUUAGGCAGUCGGGAAGAGUAAGACCUCAGAUGUAAAUGUCAACAGCCCUUUCAUGCUGUUAUUUCCUUUCAUUUCCAGUAUUCAUUAACUUCCUUAAACUCUGCUUGAAUGAAAACCCACACACAAUUCAUGUACCUUUGCACCAAAAAGUGAAACAAAUAUGUAAGAAUUUAUUAAAUACACUUUUAUUGGAAAAUAUCAAAAUGAAAUUUUGUUUCAUCAUAAAGGAAUGUGCAAACAUUUAGCAGUGGUUAUUCAUAUUGUUUAGUGUCCUUCUACAUGUUGUACAUGUGAUGCACUUGGUUCAAGUUUCAUGCAACUAUCUAUAGUAAAUUAUUUGUGCUCUGUUCGUAGACAUACUUCUGCCUUAAAACCAAAGAAAAUAUGGCGGUACUGUGUACAUGUUCGUUGCGACAUUCACUACCGAAAUAAAUUCGAAAAACGCCAACUUUGUAGUUCAUUCGAAGAAAUGUCGGGAGGUAUGCUAACUAUGGUAAUGACACUCUAACCAUUGUUUGCAUACAGUAUAUAAAAAUACAUCCUGGCUUUACAAUUUUUUUCAACUUUGCUCCCAAAUUUUGAAGCCCUGUGAAGCAAUUUGAACCGUACCUACAUGUAGCAACUAUGGGCAGAUAAGCGUGCCAAAUCUUAGCAAAGGUCAAGUACAUGUGUACAUGCAUUUCAACAAUGCCGGUUUUCGUUGUUGUGUGGGUCUCCAUUAUUGGGUACAACAAAACUGUGACUGUAAAAAUGUAUACCCACACAGGAGCUUAUUUGAAGUAUAUUUGGUAUUUUCUCUCUUGCUUUUUGCAAAGUAUUAGUGGGUAAAUGUGUGUGGUUUGUUUAACAAUGUGGUGUGCGGAUAAAUUUGAAAUUGUAAACAGUUUGAGCACACCUGUGCUUUUUUUCAGCUGUCCGUCCAAAUUAAUGCAAGAUAUUUUGGGUCUGUAAAUGAUAACAUGUGUGCCGGUUGUGUACAAAAUUUUGCACGAGAUUGAUUCUUUUUUUGUAUAGGUGCAAAAUUGUGGAAUCUUUCGAUUCCCUACGUUGUGGUACAAAGAGUACUGAACCUCAUACUAUGACUAGCCUAGUUUAUUUUCAUGCAGUUGGUUGCCUGUACACACACAUGAAUCUGAAUCUGAACUGUAAAUGGAAUUUAAUAAAAAGUGUACACGACUGCAAAAAGA